GCGCCAUUCGUCCCCUCGAUCGAAUCGGCCAGUGAUCUUCUCCUCCACUCUCCUUCCCCACCGCACCUGCAGUCAGCAGCAUCCUCGCUCUCGUCUCCUCCUCUCCACCCACCAACCCACCACCACUCACUCAACCACCUCUCCUCUUCUCUACCCCCACGCGCACCACGUCUCCAUCUGACCAUCUCCAUCUCCAGCGCGACGAGCUAGCUAGUUCGUUCGGCCCAGAUCCACAGCAACAGCACCAGCAGCACGGUGCGGCUGUAAUGCCGGGGAGCGUCCCGCUGGCGCUGGGCCUGGACACGGCGGGGGUGCAGGUGCCGUGGUACUUCCGGUGCCCCAUCUCCCUGGAGCUGAUGCGCGACCCCGUGACGGUAUCCACGGGCCAGACCUACGACCGCGCCAGCAUCGAGUCCUGGGUCGCCACCGGCAACACCACCUGCCCCGUCACCCGCGCGCCGCUCGCCGACUUCACGCUCAUCCCCAACCACACCCUCCGCCGCCUCAUCCAGGAGUGGUGCGUCGCGCACCGCUCCAUGGGCGUCGAGCGCAUCCCCACGCCCAAGCAGCCAGCCGACGCGGACCUCGUGCGCUCCCUCGUCGCGCAGGGCCCGGGGCUCCCGGCGCUCCGCCGGCUCAGGGCGCUCGCCAGAGAGUCCGACAAGAACAGGCUCGUCAUGGCCACGCGCGAGACCAGGGCCGCGCUCGUCGAGGUGGCCUUCGGCUCCGGCUCCGGGGCCAGCGAGGAGCUCGAGGCGGAGGCCAUGGCGGUGCUCGCGCUCGUCGGCCUCGGCGAGGCGGAGGCUGCCGAGGUGGUGGGGCGGGAGGAGCGGGUGACCAGGCUCGGCAAGGUCCUCGCCGCCGGCGGCCCGCUGGAGGCCAGGGUGAACGCGGGCGCCGUCGUGGAGGCCGCCGCGUCGGCGUCGGGCGCGGAGGCCCGGGCGGUGCUGGGCGCCGCCGAGGGCGUCAUGGAGGGCCUGGUGGCGCUGGCCGAGGAGAAGGCCCACGCGCGCGCCGUGCGCGUCGGGAUCCGGGGCCUCUUCGCGCUGUGCCUGGCCAAGGAGAACCGGCCCCGCGCGGUGUCCGCGGGCGCCGCGUCCGCGCUCGCCCGGCGCGUGUCGGAGGGAGGCGCCGGGGAGCCCGAGCGCGCGCUGGCGGCUGUGGAGCGGCUGUGCCGCGCCGAGGGCGGGCGCGACGCCGUGGUCGCCGGCGCCGGGGGCGGGCCCGCGGCCGUGGCGGCGCUGGUGCGCGCCAUGUCCGGGCGCGCGGCGGAGCACGCGGCGGGGGCGCUGGUGGCCGUGGUGGGCGGGUCGGAGGCGCUGCAGGUGGAGGCGGUCCGGGCGGGCGCCAUGAGCCAGCUGCUGCUGAUGGUGCAGGGCGGGUGCUCGGAGCGCGCCAAGCGCAAGGCGCAGCACCUCCUCAAGCUCCUCCGCUCCGCCUGGCCGACCACCGACUGCAUCGCCAACUCCGACGACUUCCUCCAGCCGUACUGACCAGGGAUCAUCGCGGCGAAUUGCGUUUGCCAAGGCGGAGUGAGAAAGAUCACUCAUUCUCCACCAGUCACCGCGAACGCGAGGGAAAAAAAGCUGCCGGCUUGUAUGGCCUGGCCUUGCGAGCAACGCAACGGCCGCGGCGUCCGGUGGGGGGCGCCGCGCCGGCGCCGGCGGCGUGUAUGUAAUGGCGGAGGAAGGCGGUAGAAUUUUUUUCUAAUGUUUUUGCAGUUUUGUACGUACGUAAUGUUGGCAGGGAGGGAGGCGGGAUGGGUUCUUGAUUCGAUCAAUAGUAGCAGCAGUAGCUGGUAGUAGCAAUCACCGAUUCUUACAUGGCAUUUUCCUUGGUCGCAAAAACCCGGCAAAAAAAAAUGUUUUCCGCCAGGGGAAGGCGCGCGUGCGGGCGUGUUUGUGUGUGGGUGUUUGGGUCAGUGAAAGUACAGGCGAAGCAGCGAGCGAGAGGACUGGGGAGAUUGCGCAUUGAAAGCUGGGCUGGGCAGCGGCAGAGCUUGGCCGGUGGCGGUACCGGGGUGGGGCUGCCCCCUCCUGCAGGCUGCAGGAUGCUUCUGCAGAAUGGAAUGUUGUUGCCGUGAAAUUAUCACAUCCCCUCCCUCCCUCUCCGGCUCCGCCAUUGUUUUUCCUUUGUUUCCGUCCCCUCUGGCCCUCUCUCUCCUCUCUCAUGGACACCAACAGCACAAUGGACAGGACACCCACUACAGGCAGUGAAGCAGGGGCGGAUCGCGUGAUUUGAAAAGGAGGACCAUGGCUCGGCAUGGCAAGUUGGCAACGGGCAUGUAUACGAGCAGUGGCGACGGGAUGGGGAUCUGAAACCCAGACUAGAGAUAGGGAAGCAUGGCAUCAGGACUCAGGGGCUUGCUCUGUAGCUCAGGCGCGCGCACACACAGAAUGACAGAGAAAGAAAGGGUGGGCACGCACGGGCCGGGCAACUGCCGCUCGCUGGCCGCUGCAAACACAGCUGCAGCAGCUCCCUGCGGUGCCUGCGUCCCUUUUGACCGGAUUGGCGAGCAGAGCUGCGAAGACGACCGGCUCCGCUCAGCCCUCACGACAUUAGUGCGCCCGCCCAGCCACCUCCCCUGCCCCUUGGCCUUGGACUGCUAUGUUGUUUGCUUCUCCCCUCCCGGGCUGCCUGAAAAAGAAUACAGUACAUGCUACCCACCGGCAGGGGAGCAGCCGGGCAAAGCAAGCAUAAAGCCGCCGUAUUAACCCAACCCCCGUCGUGGUGGUGGCGCUGGCGCCCCGGCCCCUCCCUCCCCGAUCCGUUAUUGCCGGUGCCCCCGCCAUGACACCUGGGGCGCGAGCAAAACGACACUGUUCCGAUGCGUUCCACUGUGCGCGCAGCCGCGCACCUCCAUUAUUACCACCACCCCGGUCUCCUCUCCUCCAUCUCCAAUUCUCCAUGCACGCUCGCCCUGCUGCGGAGUCAAGAUUGGUCCAUGAUUACAUGCGCGCGCCCAGGGCCGGGGAACAGACAGAGCCGGACCCUACCGCCGUCGUGCUGCGGACGUGACGGCGAUGCUGGGCGGCUGGCUUCUUGCGGCAGGGCGGGGCACCGGUACAAUGGCAGUAAUCUUCCUGUUCGUGUCGCUUGAAAGGUUUUUACGAGUCCAUUAAUUAAUUAAACAAGUUGUGCGAUGGAGAAGGAAAAGGGAAGGGAGUGUGCCGUGUGUGUCCGCAUCUCGCAUCUCGUCGUCGUCCUCCGCGCACUGACGGGGGAAAAAGCGGUGGUCGCCGUGGAUUGCGGCGGGCGCCGGUCUCGCGUGUUCGCUCGCACCUCGCAGCCGUCCGGUUCCUCUGCCACCUAGCCUGCCUAGUCGAAGCCAGCCGGUCGACGAUGAGGACUCGGGGAAAUCAAAAGGGAUCAACGGAGAAUGGAAAUAAAAAUGGAAUGAUUCUUUGCUUUAGUCUAACAAGUUUCGUGAGAUGCUUUCGAGCUGUGAUGAUCGUGGGAGCUUUCCUUGGUCCGGAAUUCAGCCCCUGGAUCUGGCGUACCCUGGAUCUGGAUCCCCAGCCGGCGGGAUCCUUUGAGUACAAACAACAAACCCGCGGGAUUCAUGCGACACUUCUCGUAGUAGAUACGUCUGGGGUCUGUACUCCAACAGGGUGGAAUUUUGUAGACAUUUUGCUUCCACCACAAGCCAGUCACCGCAAAACCCCGGAGCCUUCGUCCACAGAGUGUCAGCUGAUUAGUGUAAAAGGAUAAUUCUAUUGACCAUGUGCA